CAGAUGUUGAUACCAAUGUGCUGGCUACAGAGCCUUUUAAAAAGGUAGACAGAAACAGCGGUACUCACAGCACCUGGGUUGCUGUAUCAACUUGUAUUAAUCAUACUGCUACCCCCUCGGUCCUGCCUGCUCCCCGUGCAGGCCAUACAGUGACAUUAUGUACAGGCGAUGGCAGUCCUUGUGCUCUGAUUUUUGGCGGAGCCAGCACAGAGGACGGAUAUUACAACACUCUGUUUAGUCUGGAUCUAACAACGUAUAUAUGGACAAACCUGUUAGAAUCUACAAUGUCAACGACACCUUUGCCAAGAUAUGAACAUGCGGCAUGUAUGGCCAGAUCUGAGAAAUGGGGCAAUUCUCAGGAACGUUUGGUGAUUCUUUUUGGAGGAGCAUCUGAAGGUCCAAUGAAUGAUAUUUGGAGUUUUGAUCUUAAACAGCGCAGGUGGGAGCAGGUUCAUGCUCAAAGUAUCUCGCAACACCCACCCACUGCGCGUACACUUCAUACAGUUGCACGUAUACGCACGUCCAGUGCUGUAGAUGACCAUGUUCCUCAUGACCGCAUUUACAUAUUCGGUGGAGGUAUGCAUCAGGAUGUUCCUGUUGAAGAUGACUGCAUGCACUGCUUGGAUAUGGAUCAUAUGGUGUGGAUUGUUGUGCAUCCUGGUGCUGGUGGACACGACGAAAUGGUUCCCGAAUCUCGACUCGGACAUACUCUGAGCGCUGUUGGAAAAAACGUAAUCAUGUUUGGUGGCAUGUCUAAAUGGAAACACUAUGACGAUCUAUGGGUGUUUGACACAGAAAAGUAUACUUGGUUUAAACCCAAUGUAUCUGGACAGCGACCUGAUGGACGGAGUGCACAUUCUGCAACUGUAAUGGGUACCGAUAUUGUGAUAUUUGGAGGUUUGGUAAAUCGCACACAGCUGACUGUCACAGACGAAGUAUAUAUUCUUUCGACAGAUACAUGGACGUGGCGUAAAGAGUAUCCAGCAUUUCUACCACAUGAUACUCCAGGUUCUCGGAUUGAUCAUGAUGCAUGUGCUAUUCCAGUGCCUCUGCAUACUAGCUGCGAUCCUAGUACUUUUACGCGAAAGAUGUGUCUUGUAGGCGGGAUGAAUCUUGAUAGCGUAUUUAAUGAUGUAUUUGAGCUUUGUCUGGAAUAAAGCCCAAUACCAUUGCAGGAAAUUCAAGAUCUAUUUGUGCUCUGCUGAUUAUUACAUUUCCAAGAUGAUCGACUACAAACGAGUCCCAUCAACACAAUAAAGAAUAAUCAAAUU